AGUUUUAUUAGUAAACACGCAUUGGUUACAUAAAGGUUUUUCUCGUGAUUUGUAUACGAUAACGUACUAGUAUAGAGGAUAUUGAGACGCAAUCAAUCGGUUCUGUCUGCAAAUCUGAUAGUGAAUAAGUUGAUGCGAAAGAAAACCGUUUCAUCACUUUUGCCGAUAACUAGCAGUGAGCACAUGGUAGGUGAAGGAAACAGUAGGAACGCGUAAGGAUAUAUUACAGAACGCGAAAGAAAAUUUAAACCAAUAAAGAAAAUAAAUCCCACAAACAUACCAAAGGAUAUAUAGGUGACUUGGAUUAGUAUUCGGAAAAUAAGUAAUUUAUGGAUGACAAGGGAUUUGUCUUAAGUUGGCUGAUUUUACUUUAAUUAUCUGUGGACAGGUAACGUGCUACAGGUACUUGUGGAAAUAUGAUGCGCUAGGUGAUAAAUGUAUACAAUUAAUUAUCUAACAUUACAUUUUGUAUCUAUUUAUAUAUUAUAAAACAACUUGAGUGACAUGAGCGAGUGAAAAUGAAAUAAACAUUUCUUUUGCUUGAACAUUUAGGCAUUUUUUAAAAAUUUCACUUGAGUAAAUUCAGACAUAAUGGCAUUGGAAUUUAAGGGAGGCAACAGCCUUGCACCAUGCAAACCAAAAGGAACAAUAUUGAAUUUUCAAAAUAUUAUCAAUACCCUUUUCAUAGUAUUCUUUUUAUUGACAUCGAUCGGUUUAUGGGUGUGUUUAAUGGAAAUAAGUAAAUUAAAACAAUCUACGAAUUCAUUAGUUGACACUAUUGCAGCUAUUAAAGAUGAUUCAUAUUACGAUCAUAUUUCAAAACUAAAUAGAAGUUAUAAGAAACACGACAGGAAGAAUAUAAAUAAACGCAAUGAUAUUAAAUACGUUUUAAAAUCAAGUGAAACAAAUGAUAAAAGUGUUAGUAAACGCGAAGCUGUUCCCGUGGGAAUGGCGUAUGAUCCACUUUCACCAGCACCUCAAACGGAUUUAACAGAGUACUGUGUGACAUUGUUAUCUCAGAAAUGCGGUUCAGCAAUACCUGGUGCUCCGGCUGUUGGUCCCCCUGGGCCCCCGGGACCGCCUGGGGAUAGAGGAGAACAAGGAAGGCCUGGUGUUAUGGGUCAUAUGGGGCCACCAGGGAUCAAUGGGCAAAAAGGACAGAAGGGCGAUAACGGAGAAACGGGAAGAGUCGGGGAACCAGGUGCUGAUGGGCCAAAAGGCCCACCAGGUGGGUUCAAGCGUAGUUUUCCGGGCGUUAAUGGCAUUCAGGGAUCAAGUGGACGCCGUGGCAAACGUGGAUUGCCUGGUCGGGCUGGACGGCCAGGUGAGGAUGGUAUACCGGGCAUACCGGGUAUAAAGGGAUCAAAGGGUGAGCCAGGAGAUCCGGGUGGAACAUUUAAGAUGAAUGGAAAUAAUUGCUCGUGCACUGGCAUAAAAGGAGAAAAGGGUCAGAGGGGUCUGGUAGGUUUCACGGGAUGGAAAGGCGAUAAAGGAGAAACUGGUCAAAAAGGAGACAAAGGCUAUGGAAUGCAAGGGUUUUCAGGACCAACGGGUCCACAAGGACCUAAGGGAGAAAAAGGCGAUCCGGGCUAUUGUAUAGCGUCUCAUUGUGGUGACAAAUACGUGAGAAGAAAGUCAACAGAAUCAGCUCUGGACAGUUACACUGUUAAAUCAGAAACUUCGACAAUACCGACAACAAAAACUACACCUACAACUCCAUCGACUACACCUACUAUACCGCCAAGUAUAGAACCUAGAUCUACAGUAUGUAGAAUAAAAAGAAUUGCAACCCCGAUUUUCAUCAUGCGUGAACGUUCUUUAUACGGCUCAAUUCUAAACGAUCAGUUAAACCCAGGAAAAUUCUGGGUCACAAGGGGAUACUAUGGAAAUUCUCUUGAGCAGUACAACUCAAUGCUGAGGCUUAAGAAACGAAUUGUUGAUACUAAGUACAACAUUAAACACAAUCGUUUCUAUGGAACACAGCAUGCUAUAUAUAACAAUCAAUUUUAUUACCAAUACGGUGGGGAGCAAGUUGUGCUUCGAUAUGAUUUAACUAUCAAUGAUGUUGUAAGCGCUACACCUCAUAUUCCAAAGAGUCAUUAUAAUGACACUAAUUAUCUAUACAAAAACAGCAAAAUCUAUUACGACAUAACGGCUGAUGAAAACGGGCUAUGGAUCGUAUAUGGACGACGUAGAGGGAAUGAAUCAUAUAUUCAUGUCGUGAAAGUCGAUCCAUCCAAUAUGGAAUUCAUAAGAGUUUGGACACUUCCGAAAAAGAUCGGUGUCUAUAGAAAUAGCUUUAUUGCGUGUGGGAUUCUGUAUUUGAUAAGAGAUUUAGAGCCCGGCAAGACGGAAACAGAGAUAGACUACACUUAUGACUUCUUUACAGACGAGUCAAAGGAUGUGAAUAUAAAAAUAAAAUUACCGUUUGGAGAAAGCAAUAUGUUUACAUUUUAUACUAACACGUCAGAUAAAAGGGACAGUGUUUUAAUGGCCUGGGACAAAGGCAACAUAAUCAAAUAUCCAUUGCUGUUUUAGAUAAGCAAUUGUAAAUUCAAGCAUAUGUAAUGAUUUUGUGUUGUGAGUCGUGUCAGUAGUAAAGUACGCACGGGUGUUUUGAUAAAUUGAAUAUUGCUUGUAGAUGAUGAAAAUAUUAAUAUCAUUGUAAAUUAUUUAAUAUAAAAUAAUAAGCGUUUUUUUGAAACGGAUGUUGAACCUAUGCGCAUACAGGACGCAUUGCUAUGUUUAAGUUUGUAAUAUUUAUUUAUGUUUGUUGUUGUUCUCUUAAGUCAUGUAUUAUUAAGUAAAUAAACACCAUUGAUGAACGUCAAUUGUUGUUUUACUAAAGUUUGACAUUUUUGUCUCUAUUUAAUUCACGGCACGGUUGAUCAAUUCAGAUUUUUUAUAUGUCAUUAGUAUUUCAUUUAUAAAUAAUGUACAUGUGGUUCUAAUUUUAGAUUAGUGAAUUUCUGUGUAAGUAAAUGAUACAUGUAUAAUGUAUGUGUGGCAAAUCAAAGUUUAAUAUCUGAAAUACCCGAAUACAAACAAGUGCUGGUUUUAACAGUUUCUUUUUGUCAGAUUAUUUUCGUUUUUUUUUAUAGAAAUAUCACUGUUUCACAUUAGGCAUGGCGUGUUUGGGUUAUAUUUUAAAAGCAUUUAUAAAGAAUACUAGUAUAUGAUAAUGUAUGUUAGCAGGAGUGAUUUUCAUAUUUUUCAUACUUAAUGGCACAUCGGGUUAUAGUAACAAACAUAUUUGCUAGCUUGUAUUGUGGAGUGUAAAGAUUGUAAAUAUAUUUAUUUACUUUUUGCAAGAACCAAUAUUUGUUAUAAGUUAACAUAGAAAAACAAUAGGUUACCAUUUUCAUAUUUAUAAAUGUAUAAGAAAAUCAAGGUAUAUUAAAAAUUCAAAUUAUCAUUUUAA